AUGCCAAUUGGUGUCGGCUCUGUUGGCGAUAUAAUCAGCAUCUGUCUUUUGGCAAAAGAUUUGGUUGAAGCUCUGAACAGCAGCAGAGGCGCUGCCGCCGAAUAUCAGGAAAUCGUGCGAGAGUUGUGGGGCCUUGAGCGAGCCUUAUUACAAGUUGAUCUUCUCUCAAGGACUCACAAUAGCUCUCCUGAGAUUAAUGCUCUUCAUGAGACUGCACGGCGAGCUGCCGAAGACUGUGGCGUGGGCAUUGCUGGCUUUUUGAAGAAGGUGAAGAAGUAUCAACCAAGUCUUCGCGAGAGUGGAUCUGGGAGCGUCUUGCGUGACGCAUCUAGGAAAAUCCAGUGGCAGUUGAUGCAAAGCAAUGAUGUGUCCAAAUUCAGAGCAGAGAUUGGCGCUCAAAGUCAGUCUAUAAGUAUGUUGUUGGCGACUAUGAGUGUGAGAACACUGGUAGUCAGUGAUGUAAAGCUCAAUGCUCGUCUCACCAGCUCCGAAAGUAAAAUCGACGACGAGAUGCAGAAACAGACCGUGAUUGUGGCAGAAGUACGCGACCGAUUGAAGGAAAACAACACGCUCAUAUCAGCUGUGGCUACGAAAGUGACAGAUGCUCUACGAUUCGAAUGGUUCCGUCAAUUAGGUUCAGAGCUGAAAAGUAUGAUGAACAGGAUUUUCCGAACGAAUGUGGCAACCUUUGAAGCAGUUGUUGCUAUUCAGCGUGUGCUUCCCAGUCACCUGGAGCGGUCGAUGUUUCGAGACCCUUUCAUCCUAGAAGAUGCCAUUGGCAGGAUAUCGCCUGUACACAUGGAUUUCAUCAAUUCUUGGGAGGCAUUUGACGCUAUUCUGCGAUUGCGUUUCCAGGAUGUCCAGGGCUUCAAGAAAGUCCGAAACAAUGAAUACAUUCUCCAAGAACAUACGACAAAGAGGGAGAUCAAGCGUACACGUCGAUGGGAUUUGGCAUUCAUGCCAGGCCAACGGAUAGAUAUGAGCUUGGUCUUCGUGAAGAAGGAGGCGGAAGAGGCUGAAGAGAUUCAGUCAACCUCGUGUCCGAAUUGUCGUGCAACUUCGGAUAAGUCCCAAGACUCAGAUAUUCAAUGGUAG